AUGUCUGACAAGGUGAAAUUGAAAAUUGUCUAUAACAAAGUCUUAUCAGAUGAAAGUUUCACUGAUAGUGUGAUUACAAUUGAUAAGAGUAAAUUUGAUUCAAUUACUGAUAAAUCCAAGUUUGUUGGUUUAUUAAAUGAUCUUGAACUUCCAUUUCCUUUGAGUAAAGAUAGUAACUAUUUAAAAUUCACCAGGAAGCUGAAGAAGAAUAAAGGGUAUAUCAAUUUAGAGUCUAUUGAUGAUUUUAAAUGCUUAUCUAGAAGUUUGAAUGUCAAAAAUCAUGUUAAAUUGACAAUUAAUGAUCAUUCCCCUGUUGAAAAGGUACCUGAAUCCAAAACUUUUACCACCAAUUCUGAACCUAAGAGUACUGUAAGUGAUAGUGAUGAUCCUCCAACAGUUACCCCCGAGUACAAUCAAUAUUCUAAAGAUGAUGAUAUCAAUUUAGGUAAAUUAGCAGAAUUAUUCACCGAUGUUGCUAAAGAGAAGUUGAAAGAAGUCAUUGGAGAAUUUGCUACUGAAAUUCUUCAUUCCUUCACUCCAAAGGAACCAAAAGAAUCAAAAGAAUCUGCAAAAGAACCUGAAGCAAAGAAAUAUCAAGCCGUUCAUUCUAAUUCUUGUUGUGAUAGUUGUAAUCCUGAUACUUUCGUACCAAUCAAAGGUAUUAGAUAUAAAUGUUUGACUUGUUUUGAUUAUGAUUUAUGUCAAGAUUGUGAAACUAAUUUCCUUGAAAAUGAAAUCAUCACUGGUACUCAUUCUUAUUUACAUGCUACAAUGAAGAUUAUCACUCCUGAAAGUUUCAGAAUCGAUAAAGCAGCAUUAACACAUGUUCCUUCUGUAUCUAAUAUUCACCAUGCCAUUUAUUGUGAUUGUUGUGAUAAAGGACCUAUUAGAGGUACAAGAUAUAAGUGCAAGACUUGUCCAAAUUAUGAUUUAUGUGAAGAUUGUUACGAUAAUCAAAUCUUCCAAGGAUCUCAUUAUGGAUUCCAUUCACCUGAUCAUGAAAUGAAUGUUUUCAAAAAACCUGCUUUUAGUUGUCCAAGUUACGAAAGUGCAACUUCUUCUAAUAAUCAAGAUAUCAAAUUUUCCACUAAUGGAACUGAAGAUAUUUUAGACAUCAAUUUAGAUUCAUCAGCAAAACCUAUUUCCAAUAAAAUCAAAGCUUUGUUAUCAGAAUUUGGUAUUGUGGGCUUUUUAGAUAAAUUAACCAAAGUUUUCGAAGAUAGUGAAAGAUAUAAUAAUUUAUUAGAAUUACUCAAAUCUGAGGUUGAUGAUGAUGAUGUAAGAUAUGCUAUAUUACAAAGUAUUGUCUAUGAAAACCAAGAUUUCAAAAACACCGUAACCAAAACUGAAGAUAUUGAAAUUAAAGAUUAUAUUGAUCCAAUUGAUAGUGAUUUACAAAGUACUGAAUUAUUACCAGGGCAAGUAGAUUUUGAAACUAUUCCAAAAACCAAUAAUUCCAAUGAGUUCAUCUUGAAGACUAAAAGAUUUGGACCUAACUCAAAGAUCUUUUCUGUUUCAUUAACCAAUAACUCAACCCAUUAUUUCCCUGCUGGAGAUAUGGUUUUCGAAUUCUUCGACAGUGAAUCUAAUGAUUCAAUUGUUGUUAGAAACGCAAGUUCCAUCGAUAGUUGUAAACAAAGAUUUUAUAACUUGAAAGGAGAUAUUGAAAAAUUCAUCGGUAAAAAGGUUCAAAUUUCCUUCAACAAUGAUGAUUUCAAAUUAGUUGGAGACUUUGGAAGUGAAUCAAGUUUAACUCUUGUUAAAUCAACCACCGGUGAGGCCAUUCAAGUUAAUGAGAAGGUUGAAUCGGUUAAAACGUCUGAAAGUUUAUCCAUUGAUGUGGUAUUAAAAGCUAAAGAAAUGGUCCAAUUAGUGAUCUAUAACAACAAUGAUGAAACUUUUGACUGCUCAGACUUACUGAUUAAGAUUAAUAAUUUCUUAGGUAACACUAUAGGUAAAGUUUUGGUUCAUAAAAGACACGGUAUUAAACCAUGGAGUACAAGUAAAUUCAAUAUUUCUUUGAAUUCAGCUCAUUUGAAAAUUCCUUUCAAGAUUAUCUUGAAUAACGGUAAAUAUGAAGCCAUUGCUGAUUUAUCACUUAAUAGAUUAUCCACUGAAUUUGAAGUCAAACAAUUAGAAAAUGAUGUUCCAACAGAAAUCAUUGAAUCUGAAGAUUCCGGUGAAGAAGAUAUCAAGUUAUCAGGAAAUGAAUCAACCGAAUCUUUCACUGAAGUUGAAAGAACUCCAGAAGUUGAAAAAACUCCAGAAGUUGAAAGAACUUCUGAAAUUCAAGAAACUGAAACUGAAACUGAAGGGAAUUCUCCAGCUACUGAAACUGAAGGAUUUGAAACUGAAGAAGAAAAAAUUGACGAUAAAGAUGAAAAAUCUGUUUCUUUAGGUUCAACUGAUUCAAUGGUUUUACCUUCCUUACCAAAAGAAUCCACCAUCAAAGAUGAUGUUGAGAUGUUAAUCGAUCUUGGUAAUUCCGAAAUCGUUUCCGAUAAUGAAUUUGAACUUGGUUCAGAUUAUGAAAUCUUAACUCCUUCGACUUCAAAUUAUCAUUAG